GAAUCCUUCAACUUGUUGCUCGUGCUUCAGCAUCUCCCCUUGACUUGAGUGACACACGGGAGCGAGCAGGAGUCCGGUUGACGGUUUCACAUACUAUCAGGUGGGGGGACAUAAAAACGGACAAAAUGAGGAUUUUAAGUGUUUGCUUUCUUGUGGUGCUUUGGACUGGAAGCCAUGACCGGACUGGAGCUACGGCACACGGACUCAACGACUCCUCUCUUGUAUUCUCUCUCACGGAGCGCUUCCUGAAUGUUUCGGGGCAGGCGAAUAACCGGACGUCUGGGUUUUUUCUCCUGGACUUUGACGAGGGGACGCUGGAGGACUGGAGGUCUCUGGCCAGUAAUAAGCGGCGGAGCGGGGAGUCUCAGGACCGGAGUGUGAAGGCGCUGCUGGUGGCCGCGUACUCCCUCAUCAUCGUUAUCUCCCUCUUUGGGAACACGCUGGUGUGCCAUGUGGUGGUGAAAAACAAACGCACCCAGUCUGCCACCAGCUUGUUCAUUAUGAACCUGGCUGUGGCAGAUAUCUUCAUCACUGUGCUCAAUACGCCCUUCACCCUGGUCCGGUUCGUGAACAGCACAUGGGUGUUUGGGAGGACGAUGUGUCACAUCAGUCGUUUUGUGCAGUAUUGCUCCCUGCAUGUCUCUACUCUGACCUUGACUGCCAUCGCACUGGAUCGACGACAGGUGAUUUUGCAUCCGCUGAGACCUCGCAUGUCUCCAGCACAAGGUGGAAUCUGGGUUGCAGCGAUCUGGAUAAUGGCAAGCUGCUUCUCCCUCCCACAUGCAAUCUACCAGAAACUCUUAACUAUAACAUACAGUAAUGAAAAGGAGCGCAGCCUGUGUGUCCCAGACUUCCCUGAGCCUUCAGAUGUGUACUGGCAGUAUAUCGACCUCCUGACCUUUGUUUUACUUUACAUGCUGCCCCUCCUCAUCAUCACUGCGUCCUACACCACAGUGGCCUGCCGGCUGUGGCGCCACAAUGCCAUCGGUGACACAACGACAGCACAGCACGCCGCCCAGAGAAGAAAGAGGCGUCGGACAUUGGCCAUGCUGCUCCUAGUGGUCGGGGUGUUCGCCGUCUGCUGGUUCCCACUGAACUGCUACGUGGUGCUGCUGUCCAGCCAGGCCAUUCACCACUCUAAUGCAAUCUACUUCUGCUUUCACUGGCUGGCUAUGAGCUCCACCUGCUACAACCCCUUCAUCUACUGCUGUCUGAACCCCACCUUCAGACAGGAGCUGAGGCUGCUGGUAGAUAUGUGCAGGGGAAGACGCAGGGUGGUCGUCGGCUUGGAGCUAGAGCCUCGCCCCGCAGCUGCCUCCGCUCCACGACACAGGGAAGCCUGGCCCGACAACCACCAGUCCUCGAGUGCGAGGCGUGCCUUGUCUCACCCAGGCCACGCCUCCUCGCAGCAGAGCCACACCUCCUCCAGUCAGUCCCACAAUCUAAAAGACACGCAUGUUCUUUUCGCAGCCAGACAGGCCCUAACGGGAAGGACUGACAUCCUCUCAGUGGAGCCCAUUGUGGCUGUGAGCUGACUUAAAACAACAUGAUGGGAUUUUUAUUUUGCAUUUUUAAACCUAUUAAAUAACUCAAGUUUCCAAAGAGGACAGGAAAUCUGAAAACCUCAAAGAAGCAUGGCUCAACCCGCAGAAGGACUUUAUCAGAGUAUGAAUUUGAAGAAACUGCAAUCAUAAAAGGAUAGCCCCGUGAUUGUAGAUGUCCUAUUCAAUUUCCCCAAGUUCCAUAUCUCUCGCUCUCUCUCUCUCUGGUGCAGAGGUUGACAAACUUGUCUGUCUUAAAAUUGAGGGAAGAAGCUCACUUUAUGGUCUAUUGAACAUCUGUUUGGGAGCAUUUGAUAGUAUCUCACAUAUUCUUUUGCAGACUAUGUUGGCCCUGUUCAUCUUUAAAUUUAAAUUUUUUAAUAAUGGUCCUGUCAGUGUUGUGGCUUUGACACAAUGAUACACAAAUCAGUGCGCUUGAGUUUCUUUUCUGUUUUUAUACUGGCUGAUUCGACAGGGACAUAUGCAAUGAACAUUGCUUCAAAUGUAAAAUACACAGUAGAUCCCAUGCAUACAGGUUUUUAGCCGUGGCUAAUUUGCAAACCCUGUCCCUUGCUACAGGUUUCUAGUUGCUUCAUUUGGAAAGGAUGCAAAUUGACACAGACUUAGCUCAUUCAUCAUCUUUUUUGUUGGCCCCAGACGACAGGAUCGGAUGUCAAAAGAAUCUUGUGAAU